AUGAAUAAGUUAUGUAUAAACGAAUGCAUUCCUUAUGUACAAAAAUAUGAUUGGGGUCGAGGUAAGGAUGGUUUAGUAUAUACUGUUAUGAAAAAUAUUGUAAAAGAUAAUUAUGAAAUUAUAAAAAAGGAAAUUAAUAGCUUAGAUUAUUUAAAAGAAUAUAUUGAAAAUGAUGAUGAUCAUCAUAAAGAAAAUACAACUUUAAAAAAAAAUGAAAAUUAUGCAGAAUUGUGGAUAGGUAAUCAUGCAAAAAGCCCCAAUUUAGUAGUCUAUAAUAAUACUCUUAUAAAAAUAAAAGAUUUUCUAAAAAUUUACGAAGAAAAGAAAAAUAAAAGGAAUACAAUUUUAAAAAAAAUUUUUAGGAAAAUACAAAAUACAAAAAAGAAAUAUUUAAAAGUAAAUUAUAUUACAAAAUUAGAAGACACUAAUAAUUUUAAAGAAAAUAAUGAUAAAAAAAAAGACUCAAAUAUAGAAUAUUCUUUAUCAAAUAAAUAUUCCUUAAAAAAAGAUGAUGCAGGAAAUGAUCAAAAAGAAAAUGGUAAUCUUUUUCCGUAUCUUUUUAAAAUCUUGUCAAUUUCAAAACCAUUAAGUAUUCAAAUUCAUCCAAACGAAGAACAGUCUUUAUAUCUAAAUAGUAUUAAUCCUCUCGUAUAUAAAGAUAAAAUAUUUAAAACAGAAAUGUGUGUGUGCAUAAAUUCUAUGAGCUUAUUAUGUGGCUUUAUGAACAUUUUCAAAAUAGCAUUUUUAAUAAGAAAUAUAUACGAACUAAAUGAAUUUUUUUUAAAUAUUGAAAAAAAUAAAAAUGUAGACAAAAAAAAUUCAAAAUAUGUUGAGGGGAAUGAAGAAUUAAAUGAUAUAAGAGAUAAAAAAAAAGAACAUUUAGAACAAGAAAAUAAGAAUAAUAAAUCAUUAAAUAAUGAAAAGGAGAAUGAUAUAUUUUUUUUAUUCGAACUAUUUAAUCCCGAAAAAAAUAAUUAUAUUGAAGAAAUUUUAACUAUGCUAUCACGUAUUUACAUAUAUAUAAUUAAAUAUUCCUUAAAAAUGAAUAGCGGAUUAAAUUACGAUAUUGUGUCAAUUGUUGAUGAUUAUGCUGAAAAUAUUCAAAAAUAUAUAUUUGAGGAAAAUUUCUUCUACUCUUUUUAUAAAAAUGAAAAUUUUUUAGAAGAAGAAUUUAAUUUGAGUAAUUUAAUAAAAGAAGGAAAAGAAAGAUUACAAAAAAAUUUAAAAAAAAAAAAAGAUGCUAACUUUAAAGAAUUUGAUAUAUCUGGAAAGAACGAAAAAACUGAAACGGAAAGUGAGGAACAUGAAAGUAUUUUAACUAAAUUAAAUAUAUUCGACAUUACUAAAAAAAAGGAAGAAGAAGAAGAAAAUAAAAUUGAUAAGAAUGAUAAGAAUAAAACUUAUAUUAAUGUGAAUGAACAUAAAUCAAAUAAUUUUGACAAAAUAGAAGAAGAUGAAAAUGAAUGUUAUUUUUCUAGAAGAAAAAAAAUAAAAGCUUUUUAUGAGCAUAUGUAUAAAUUUUUUAUUAAUAAAAUUCUGCAAGAAGACAGUAAUAUAUUAAAUAAUUGCAUUAAUUCAAUAAUUGAAAAAAAUGAGGUUUAUGCUUCGUUUGUGAAUAAUGUAGAGACUCUAAAAAAAAAAAUUGAUAAGCUAUAUCUAAAUAUAUGUUUAAAAAAAAAUUAUGAAGUUUUGUGUGAGGAAAUUGAAAGAAUUAUUAUCCAUAGUAUAUUUGAAGUACUUAAAAAUGUUUCUAAAUACUACAUGAAUGAUGGAGGUAGGAUAUUUAUUUUUAUUUUACAAUUAAUAAACUUGAAUGACGGUGAUGUUGUUUAUAUAAAACCAGGAGUGAUUCAUUCAUACAUAUCGGGACAUUGCUUAGAAUGUAUGACUAAUUCUGAUUUAGUUAUUAGAGGUGGAUUAACAAAUAAAGAAAUAGAUAAAUUAAAUUUUAUUAAAUAUGUAAAUUAUAAAAACAACUAUCCUGUAAUUUUAGAAAAGGAAUUUAUAAAUUAUAAUAUAGUAUCAUAUAGUUAUCAUAGCAUGAAGCAUUUCAAAAUAUUAUUAAUUACAAUUAAUCCAGGAGAAAAAAUUAACCAUUUAUUUUCUGAAAAAUGUUUUACUUCAUGUAUUAUUAUGUCAACUAAUAAAAAAGUUAAAAUAACAGGAAAAAAAAAUGAUAAAAAGAAAAUAAUUAUUAAUAAUGUAAGAAAUGGUAUGGUAUUACUUAUUGCACCAAAUAUAAAGGUUAGUAUAUCUAAUUUUUAUUCAAAUAUUGAUGACGGAAAUAAAGAAUUUGUUAUGUACUGUGCUACCUCUUGA